UUUUUGUUUCGCGCGUAUAGAGAUCGAAACCUCAUGUUAACCUCUCAGUGAAUUGUUUCAUAAAUCUCACAAAAUUCAUUCCGCUGGCUUGAAAGCAAUUAAAAAAAUACCUUGGCUCUUGUAUCUAUAAGUUUGGUCAACUAGGAACGUUUGUACCUAGUGUCGUUUUACGCGCCACUCAUGAACUAGCGGUUUGGCGGACUCGGUCAAGUUAUGCAGGACCCUACGCUGCAGUUUUUGCGUACUUUAGUCACUCAUGGAGAAAACAAGUACUGUUUUGAUUGUCAUCAAAGAGGCCCGACGUACAUAAACAUCACAAUUGGUUCCUUUGUUUGUACAACAUGCAGUGGUGCUCUGAGAAAAUAUAACCACAGAGUGAAAUCAAUUUCAAUGUCAAAUUUUUCCCAAUCAGAGAUUGACUUCCUUUGCACUCGUGGAAACAAGGUACAGUGGUUUUCUACGGAUAAUUUCAAAUAGGCAUGCCGAAAAAUAUAUUUGGCUCUUAGCGAAGACCAAACCAUGACUGAGAAAGACUUGAAAGAUGGAGCUUUAGAUAAUUAUUUAAGACAGAAGUACCAGCUACAAAAAUGGUGAGUGUAUUGUUUUGGUUUUUUCUUUCAAAAAGAGAGUAGCCGAGCUACGAAAACUAUGAAAGUUUGCAUAAAAAAGCUAAGGUUAUUGGUGGAAGAUAGCAUUAUUGUAUUCUUCGAAGUAACACGCUUAGCAAGGAUAAACACUGUUCAUGGCACUACCCAAUGUUUACGGUAUCUCUUUCGACAUUGUCUUUGUUGCCCUUCAUCGUUCACUUAGUGCUUUGCGUUCAACACUACCAGUAGUACCAUCAAUAUUUCCAUCCUUAGUAGCCAUUUUGAACAAGGUUUGAAGUCACUAUGUGUUCGCGUAGUUACCACGCGAACUUCAGACAGAACCUUAUGGAUUACCUAGAGCUGGUUGAAUCCGCCACCAAUAUUUUACGUUCCUGAGUCCUGCCCGUAAAUAUCGGCUGAUUUUUCAGUCAUAACUUAAUGGUGAAUAGAUAUGGACCCGUCCAAUUUCUCAUCAGGGUAAAGAUAGGAUAAUGACAAACAACUGGAUAUCAAAAAUAUGGUUCGAAGAGAUGAGAUAGCACCUUAAUUAAUGUAAAGUAGCAUCAGGCUAAAUAUUUAAAUCAGUGCAUGACAAUUAUAUCCGGACGUAGACACAGUUUAAACCAAUAAUCACCGGUUUCGUCGCUUGUCGUGUAGGUCUGACUAACUCUAGAUUUAAAACCUACCUGUGUAUUAACUAGCAAAUGACAAGAUAAGUGAUGGUUUUGCUUGUGACACCCUUCGGUUGUCUCAGUUUUUGAUGAUUUAAAUCUUUAGGAACUAAACCAUGGUUUCUAUCAGUCGGUCACUCAUACACGAGAUAUAAAUAUUUAUAUGUGAUAAUUUAUUAUUAACCUCAGUACUGCUCACUGCAAGGUCUCACCAUGAUUGAGCUAUACUUCAAGGACAUUUAUGAUUGGACGCUACUAGGUUCUUCCUGUUUUGUCCAUUCAUAGGCUGUUUUAUAACCAUGAAACAACAUAGAAUGAACUUUCGCGUAUUAUAAUCACAGAUCAGUGCAGGAAUUACGAAGUGAUCUUUGGAUCUAUUCUAUCACAUAUUUUCCAUACCUAGUUUUGUACGUAUACUAUGCUUCUCUAACACUCAGAUUGAUUAGAUACGUUUCCUAUUAAAUUCCGACACAUCAAAUCGUUACAUUAACGUCAUAUUUAUUUAGCAAAAGAAUAAUACUACACCUUUGAAAUAUUGGUGAGUAAAACUGUGACUCAAAUUGUGCGAGUGUUACCUUUCUGGUUAUCAUAAUUGCAUGCAUUUUGCUGAUGAGACAGCUCGAUGUCAUUCAGCGUGUCAGUUUUCUUGGAAAUAUCGGUAGAGUUUGUACCAGUUUUCCAGGUAAACAAGAAUUUGUUUUGCUGGUCGAGUUAUAUUUAACUGUUUUGUUCUUAGCUGUCCUAAUAACUCAGUGAUAACGCCAGUUUGUUGAACGUCGGCUUAGUGGAUAGACCAUUCGAAUUUCGACCAUUAAGUCCUGGGUUCGGGCCCCACCCUCUGCUUCAGUUUGGGCGACUGAAUAGUACAAUUAGUCUACACUUGGGGCAUCGUUCAUAGAUGAGUACUUAGCGAAUGAGCGUAGUGUUCGGUUUGAUGUGGUAUGAUUCAGUCCUUAAGACGCUCAUGUUCUUUGCUUACGAAUAAUUUAAUUAUAAUUUUUACAUUAUAUUUGUUGCUGAAAGCUGUAAAGCUUGCUUUAAAAACUAAACGAUCAGACGGCGAAGGAAUAUAUUAUUCCGAAAACGAGUCUAGGGAUAGAUAAAUGCUUGUAUUAUACUUGGGAUCCUAUUUUCAGAAAACAAAUACCAACUGCCAAACUUUUCCCCUAGAGUUGCAUGUCUUUGAUCAGUAUCAGCUCUGAAAAAUAGAUAUUUUGGCCUAACAAAAAGUUGCUGAUGUUCAUAAAUCACAUAAAUUUAAACUGUUGUGUGAAUUCAUAAAUUAAUCAGGUCAGAUACGUCGUUUACUUAACGGAGCUGGUGGGCUUUCCAUCGCAUUUGUCCAUGAACUCAUUGAGCUAUGUCAAUAAAUGUAGACUAGCUGGGGUCCAGGUGAUUAUCCUAACUAUUGGUUAGAGACUUUGAGUGACAUGGCUCAGAAUCGUUUGCGGUGGCGCAAGUGGAUUCAUUCUAUAUCUUCUCCCAAAUCAUUAGCUGAAUUGCUCGCAUUAUUUUCUGUUUUUACUUCACUAAUUUAUGUUUUCUUAAAUCGUAUCUUCGACCCCUCAUCUUUCCUAUUGCCACUAAUACUGUGGGAUUUAGCCUGACGAUAACCUAUUGUUGUGCUAAUUUAUUUAUUUGAACACAAAUGUUGGUACAAAGGGGUACCGAAUACAUAUACACCACACAAGUCACUUGAUUUGUGUGUGAGCUUUGAUACUGCCCGGGAGUAUGGCAACUUGAACCGAUGCACUUACAUACCAGGUUCUAUUUUGCGACUGACUUACUUAACGCUACACUUGACUACAAUUUUUCCUACCCACGGAUGAUAAUACAUUUCGACAAAAGUCCAAAAGCAUCGACAGUCAAAUUAAAAACACGUAUCUUUCGCAUUCAGUGGUCACUUUCUAACUGUACGAACUGUUUUAAGGGUUAGUUUCUUUCCAUUUGACUCCAACAUGUGAUGUCCCGUUGAGUAUUUUAGCAGGCCAAUUCUCUUAAUAGUACUAUGAAUUUACCUAAGAAUGUUCCAAAGCUAAAACACCAGUUCAUGAGUCUAUUGUUGAUUAUUAAUUAAAUCGACAAGCAAGAACAUCGGAGAAUGGGUGUGCAAAUAAAAAGUCGAAAUAUCUAUAUUUAUUUUAUGAGUCUUAAUCAGUUGUAAGUUUCUGAUUGUCUGCGCUUUCAACCAGUGGGAGGAUAGAUGAAUAUUGAGGUGCAGACAUACGUUUAAUCGGACUCAUACAUACUUUUACAUAGUGGGUUAAAUAUAUAAAUUACAGCAGAUAAGUAAUAAAAGAUUCAAUGGGUUGAAUAUAAUGUAACGACUUUCAACAACUAUCGGUUUCAAUUGCUUAAACAAAUUUUGCAGAUGCUGCUCCCAUUCCGCACGUUACUUCUCGACGUUGAGACUAGGUGACAAAAGCCAAGAAGUGGUCAGUUUCAGGUUACAGAGUUUGAGCUAAUUAAGUCAGAUUUCUAAUUUAACGUUUAUUGCAAUAUUUAAAUUAUUUGAUUUCACGUUUAAAGCUUAAAAAACAAGAGAAUUGCUUUUACGAACUUGAAAUUCCUGACGCUAACCACGAAAAAGGAAAUUGUCAGUGAUUAGGAGUGAAUUAUACCAAAAACGUAUUAAAAGACACCGCAGCUGAGAUUAAUUUCAAGUUUUAACGAUUUAAUUAGUAUGCCUUCACAUAACUACAUGACGCUCACCGAUUCCCCACAUACUGAGAGUUUAUUUGUACUUCGAGUGCCUGGAAAUAAACUAAUUGAAGUGUAUCAACUGAAACUGCUCAAUAAGCUGUUUAUACUUUGAUCUAUCUUGCUGACUUAGCUGAGUUCAUGGUAACUUUUUAAGAUAUAUUAUAGGAUUGUAUCUGCACUUCAAAGUUCACCGAUAAUGAAACUGCACGGGAAAAGUAUAUGUUACUUCGGAUUCAAUAUUUUUGACUCCUAAAAAUAAGAAGUCAUCGAUGUCCAGUAUGGUAAUUAUUUCAUGGAAAGAACUUUACUUCUAACCUACUGGUAUUAGUACAGUAGCUUAGUAGCUAAAAUACGCACUUUCGAGCCACUACAGUUUAAAGAGCUGGCUAGUAUUAUUAGGCGUAAUAUGUAGAAACAUUUGGAAACUUUUUGUCCACUAAUGUAUCCUGGGUCUCUUAAGCUUUUAUGAUCAGUAACUGGUCAUAGGCGAGUAGAGUAUCACACUGAGUAUGGCAUACUACUCGAACAAUACUUUUUCUACCACAUAGUCGGUGUUUUAUUGGUAAGGAACGCAUGAUUAUUGAUUAAAUCAGUAUGAUAAUCGCCUAUUAUAACAUUUGAUUGUAUUCUGAUAAUUUCAGCUAUUGAUUAUUUCAAUAUGGUAUUCAAGUGUAUUCCGACAGUUUCUGCUAUAUAUUCAUUCAAUAUGAUAUUCAUUUAAGUCCUAAUUAUUGACAAUCGUUACAAAGUGAAUUUGUAUAUAAAGGGCUGGCAUUUUUACCUCCUGGAUGGCGGCCUAUGCCCCAUGAGAGUUAACAGGUUUAAGUAAGUAUUUUCCUCUACUGUAUAUUCUUUGCAGUGCACGCUUUGUCUUCUUAAUAGUUGCCACCUGGGUCAAGAGUUUUGAGUUGUAAUUGGAUUGCGAUCGCUUUUGCGUGCACCAAUUACGUUAUGUAUCGCUAACUAUUGCGUUGAUAUACCCCGGCCGCGUAGCAGGAAUCGGUCAGUCAUAGUCGACGUAGGUCCUUGGACACAUGUGCUCCCACCGGUUCAAGUUGCCAUGUCCCAUUAGUACAGUGCGAUAAAACAUAGUGUCAUUCAGCCUUCUCUGUUAUUCGAAUUUCCUACGUACUGCUAUAUUAUUACAUUUCUCCAUGAAUCAAUAUUUGGUUUGUAAAUGUUGUAGUCCAACUAAGUUUUAUUGUUGAUAUCUCGGUUUCUGUUACAAAUGUUUAUCAAUUCUAAACAGAUUAUUGCCCACAGUGCAUCUAUGGAUCAGUAAUUAAAUGAUCUUAUUCCUUUUAGGUAUCGCGAACCAACGUCACAGAUAGAAUCUGAAGCUGUGAAAGAAAAUCGAGAACUUCUUGAGCAGUCAGAGAAAAACAUGAAUCAGAAAGGCCAACGUAAUACAUGUGGUAAUGCAGCUGCUGGACUUAUUGUUCUGCCUACUCGCUCAAGUACUAAUCUUCCUUCCCAAAGCAAUCUAACCAGCGGGACAACACAAGUUAGUAAUGUCAAUGGAGACAGCUUGAUACCACAACAAUCUGUCACGAAUCAUUUCACCUUUAGUCAAAAACAGGAUGCAUUUAACAAAGCGACCGCUGAUCCAUUCGCUUCUUUUUCCACUCCAACUUCUUCCUCUUCAAAUACUGCUGCUGUUACCACCACUACCACAACAACAACAACUACUACUACGAAGUCUGAUCUCUUCGCGAAUUUCUGUCCUGAUGUCCUUACUUCUAUAAAUAAUUCAACAGUUAAAUCAUUCCCUUCUAACAUAAAUCCUACUAUAUCGAAUAUUUUCUCAAGUUCAUCGAUAAAUACAAUGUCUAGUUUCCCUGGUCCAAGUGGUGGAGAUAAGUAUGCCGCACUUGCAGAAUUGGAUGGUUUAUUUAAAAAUACCGGACUUAAAUCAAUGAAUCCAGAAAUAAUGGAAAAAGGUACAAAUGAUAUUACAUUACCUAAAACCAAUGUGUCUAGUGUAUCAGCCAGUCAAUGGGUCACCCCAUUCUCACCUCAUAUUUCUUAUUCCAAUAAUCCUGUUGUCGAAACAACACAUGGAUGGUCUGCGAAUACAUCUUUCAAGGAUAGUUUACAAUCACUCAAUCCCUUUGCCAAUCCAACAGUUGGAGUUCCAAAUCCUCCAGCUUUUAACAGAUUUACUAAUCCAUUCACAAGUUAUCCCAUUAUGACAGUACCUUCAAGUAUCAAUCAGUUUCCUGGAACUUUGAGUCUAUCUAAUCCAGAAAGUAAAAACCCAUUCCUCUCAAAUGCCCAGCAGUCAUUUAAUGCAAAUCCAUUUUCUAACUUGGCGAACUCUACAUCUGCCCAUUAUCAUUCACAAGUAACUGCUAGUUCUUUUUCACCCACCAUGCACCCAGCUAAUAAUUUUCCUACAAAAAUGAAUAAUCCCGUGGUAAGUGAUUCAUAUUACGAAUAUGUCAUAUUUCAUCUAGGCAUUUUUGUGUUUAACACGUUAAAUCCGUUUUUAGUGCUAUUUGUGUACACCAUACUAAUAUACUAUUUAUUUAUUUUAACACAUAGAUAUUGGUACAAGGAUGCACCAAAUACAUAUGCGCCACACAAACGUCAUUUGAUAUGUGAGGGCUGUGAUACUGCUUGGGUGCCCAAACCGAAGCAGGUAGUUUUCUUAGGGGGCCACACUCGGAGCCUUCGAUAUGAAGGUCUGAUCCACAAGGCAGUGGAGCGUCGUAAGGAGAUGCAGUCCCAUGGUAGCCGGUGACCAACAAUUGGUCCAUACGCCAUUUGUUCCUUCACGAUCCUGGAGCCCAUGUGCACUAUUGGUUUGAAAUCAGGGUUUUCCAACUCCCCUAGGUUGACCCUCCGUACGGAACACCAACUUAGUUAAAGCGCCGGACAUUCGCUUUUCAUUCUCUUAACUUUGUAAACAACACCCCUGGUGCGAGAAGGCGGUGAGUAGGACUUCCCUGGCAGAGGCUAUAUACGCGUGGCCAUGUGAAAGCAUUUGGAGAGGGAGAGCGGACUCUCCCCACUCUCGGCCAUACCAGGGCAUUUGGGGGCUAUACUAUUACGUCCAAACAAUUCAUACUAUUUACUAUUCCUAUUUACUGCUCAAGUCAUUUGCGUACUAGCCACGUGGUUUCAAGUUCAAACAAAUGUAUUAAAUGAUUCAGAGGAAUUUUGCCUAAGUAGUAUAUGGUAAUAUAUUCAUAAUAACUGGUCAUCAGAUAUCAGUUAACAUCAUAUUUAAAUCCUUAGUUGCUAAUGUAAUCGAGGCUUGUCCUCUAGCACUGAUUAGUUGAAAAUGGAUCAGUCAUCGUAUUCUAGUUUGACCCUGUCCAGAUCGUGGAAUAUUUAGAACUCCCUAUAGUACUAACAAUGUGAUUAACGUGUAAUGAAAUAUUUACUAUUCAGCGUAAAAUUACUAAUAGUUUUUUGUAACUUACAUCAAAUUGAUAUUUCCUUUAUGACUAUCUGUUUUAUAUAUAUUCUGUGUUGUUGUAUUUUGGGAACUUGAACUGAUUCAUAUUUGUGCCAGGCUCUCUAUUUUCAUUAUGAUUCGCUGUAGAUGGAAGACCAGUGAUAAAAUCGAUAAGCCAAACUAUUAACAAUAGUAGUUGCUUACGCUUAAUAAAUUUGGCCUAGAUGUAAAUUUAGGAAGAUAGAGUAUACGACGAAGGUGAAUGAUAUUGCUUCUGAAAAUGUGUAAGCAGCUGACAUUUUCUGAUUCACUCUAUUCUAAAAUGAAUUUUUUUUCCCAAAAACACUGGAUUAUUGUUGACGAUCUUACUGAUCACAGCUUCUGCAUGAUAUCGAUUUUCGUAAGUGAUCACUUUCGUAUAUAUUUUUACUUUGUACUUCUUUCCCGACUCACAAAUAUCUCCUGUUCAAUAGUAGUAAACAACAUUCUGUGUGAAAGUUGUAUGUAAUAAUCAAAACAUUUUGUAGUUUUUUUUUCUCUGAGAAAGAUUUUCACAUUAAUAAUAAAUGUCUGUCAGUUAAAGUUGUGUUACUGAAAAUCGCUCUUUGUUUUAAAUGAGUAGAUAAUCCGAAAAGAAAUUCUAAGUAUUUUGAGUUGUAAACUCAUACCUUUUGUUAUGAUAUAAAUAAAAGAUAAGCAUUUCCAAAUGGGAGGAUUGUUUAGAAAAAUUAUUUCUUGUUCGUUCUGUAAUUUAUUGUGUUGUACAAUAAACUUGUUCAACACUUCUAUUACGAUUAAACAUUUACUAUGUCCAGAAUUCUGAAUUCCUGUUUCCUUUUUUUCUCUCAUUUUUUUUUUGGUUUACAGAAUGGAGUAGUUGGACAACUUGGUCAUACUAGUGAUUCUACUACUCGUUAUCAAUUGUCCAAUUUCAAUCCUUUCUGAAUAGAUAGAAAGAGAAAAAUAUUACAAUGAUACCAUGCUUUCUUUAUUGAAUAAUUUUGAUUUCAUUGUCGGUGAUAGAUGCUAUUCUCCUUUUUAAAAAAUACUUAAUUUAAGACCCAUUAUGACAUUCGAAUAGUGUGUGUGUAGGGGAGAAGGAGCGAAGUAGAUUUCAGUGAUACAGCAUUUUAUUUUCUGUUUUCCUCUCAUUGUAUUUUUCCUCUUUAGCAGUAGUAGUAGUAGUUUUCUUUAGAAAUUUAUCAAUUUCACUUAUUAUUGUUAUCUCAUUGUCAUCAACAUCGUCAUAAUCAUUAGCGGUUUCCGUUCAUUAUACACGUGUGUUCCUUCUUUCCCCGUUAAUUUCAUCGAUAAUAAUAAUAAUAAUAAAUCUCUGAAUAUAAUACGUCCAAAUCAGUUAUUUUAAUCAGCAUCAGUCAACUCAUAUUUCACUCUUUCAAUACAGUUGGAGUAUGUGAACCACUUCAACAAUGUAUGUGUGUGUGUUGAAUUUUGUAAAACUAUAAUUGCUUUUCUUUACAAGAAAAAGAAAUCUCAUUUCCUUUUUAAAUCAAUCUAUAUGACAAUCAUUGAGUAACAUUCCGAGAGAAUUAUUACAUAAUAUUCUUGUUGUAUUUUUUCAAUGUUGAAAAAGAUCCAAUUUAUAAUUUAUGACUAUUUCAGUAAUUCUCUCUAUCUCUGUCGAUCUGUGUAUGUAUGUAUGUAUGUAUGAAUCUUGAAAUGACCUAUCUCUAUAAUGCUGAGCUAAUUACCUCUUUCUCUCUCUUUUAAUCUAUUCAAUCUAUUUACAAAUUGACUUGAAAAUACUAUUGCUUUGACUCCUUUUCAAAAUUUACAAAAUCCUAGGCGUAUAUUGUAAUUCUUAACUGGAUUAUUAUCCUUUUGUUUUUAUUUUAAUGAUUAGUUUCCAUUUGCUUUUUUUUAAUGAGAGAUAUUUUUCUUGAGUUUAUUUUCCCGUCCACUUUCCCAAUGAUAUAAACUUUCAAUUUAGUCAUUUGUUAUAACAACUAAUCUUUUGUUUGUUUGUUUGUUUGUUUUGUUAGACAAUUGUGAUUAACAAAAUCACAUAACUACAAAUACGAAACCAUUUGAAUUGGAUCUCUGUUGUAAAUGACAAAAAGCAUACUAUACAUCUCAUUCAUUAGUGUGUGUGUGUGUGUGUGUGUGUGUUUGUGUUUAUAGCUCGUGUAAUAAAAGUGAGAUAAAUACAUUUCUUUUUGUGAAUGUCACUACUUAGUGUUUCCCAAUACAGAUCAUUACAAUUAAUGUUUAGAAAAAAUGCAUAUCUACGUUACGCUAUAUGUUCUAGUCUAGUGUAUUUGUCUCAUAAUGAUGAUGAUAAAUGUAUGUGUGUCUGUGUAUGCUGUUUAAUAUUCAUUUUGGAUGUUUUUACUUUCAUGAUCAGUUUUUUAGGUGUCUAAUGUGUAGGUAUGCUUUACCUUGCAAUCUGAUUCUUAUCAUUAUUGGUUAAUGUAAUUAAUUCACUUGACUAUUGUUAAAUUAUUCACCUUUUUUUCUCUGGUAAAAAAGCGUUAAUUUUUUAUGUAUGCUAAUUAGACUCCGUCAUUAUUGUAUCAUAUAUGUGGAGCAUGUCAGUGCGUAUUCAUCUGCCGUCAUCAUUUAACUCAUUCCUUCCUCUCUCUCUCUCUCUCUCUCUCUCUCCAUAUAUACAUAUAUUCACUACAUCACACUACAGAUUCUCCGAUCAUUAUUAUUAUCAUUACUAUUCACAUUGUUAGCAGUAUUAUCAUAACAACUUAUCGACAAUAAAAUUGAAUCGAAUAAAUUGUGUCCAAAUCGUAGUCUCAAUUGAAAACAGAAAUAUAAUUUAGUUUUUAUGUCUGAUCGUUUGUGUGUAUGGGUUCGUUUCUAAUCAUAUAUAUAUGCUAUGUGUGCGCAUGCUACCUUUUCGCAUUCCUUAUGGUCGAAUUCCUGUGUUGUUUUUCUAAUAUCUUAAAUUUACUUUUUAUUUCCGAUUUCAUUAGACUGGUUAAUGAUAAAAAUAACAAUAGCCAUAUGUAACACAUUAUUAUCAUCGUGUUCUUACAUCUUUGUUCCUUAUUUAUCUGACUAUUCUAAGGAGGUGGGACGACUGAAGUAAUCAAUAUUGUCUUAUAAUUGAAGUGCUAACUGAGGGAAUUGUAUUGUCAUUACUAUAAGCAUACUAUGCAGUAGUUACCGUUUAAGUGUAACAUUCAUACAAUGUGUUAAGUGAUUCAUCUUAUUUCAUUUUUUAAAAGUAAAGUAUAGAAUUCACCUGUUUAAUUUUCCUUUAUUGUUAAUCAAAGUACAUUAUAAUUCUAAUCAGUCAUAACAUAGAUACUGGCACGAAUAUAGAUGUAAAUGAAAUCUGUUCAUUGAAACACAAAAUUUCAAAGAUUGUUUCAGUAGAGUUCUCUCUUCGGCAAAUUCAUUUUUCAAAGCUUCAUAUCAAAAAUAUAUACUCGUUUUUUUUCAGAAUGAUAAUGAAUAUAACUGUUAAUAAGAAUGAUGGUUAUGGUAAUAAAUUUGCUAAACAUGAUAAUGGAGAGAUGGAAUAAGCAGAAAUACUGAUAUGUUAUUCUUACUGAGAAACUGAAAAUGUAGUUGUUGAGACCUUGUAAAUUCAUCGAGAAAAUAGAUAAAGAUAAAUAAUUGUGAAGAAGGGUUGGUUAGCGCGAUAAAACAAAAUAAUAAGUUUGAAAUAAGUAUGAUCAUAGAAUAGGUG